AUGAAGGAUGAACAUAAUAUUAAAUUCACUGCUCAAGAUUUAUAUGACAAGAAAGCAGACAAAACAGAGCUUCAAACAUUAAAGACAGAAAUACUUCAAACAUUAUAUCCUAUAGGCUCUAUUUAUACGUCAAUGAACUCUACCAGACCAGAAGUAGUACUUGGUUUUGGAACUUGGACUCAAAUAGUCGACAGGUUUUUGUAUUGUGCAAACUCUUCAAAGGAAACAGGUGGAAGUAAAACGAUUUCAGGUGAAAAUUUACCUGCACACAGUCACUACAUAGAUUUAAGUACAUCUCAAGCAGGUUGGCAUAAGCAUAGAUAUUGGGAUUGGUCAGCAAUGAUAAAAGGUAAAGGAUAUUAUGUUAAAGACAACGUUAAGUUUGCUAUAAAUUGUUACUGGAGUAACACUGAGGGAGGAGGAAACCAUACACAUCACGUUUCAGGAUAUACGCAAACAACGGGACAAAGUAAAGAAUACAUGCCACCUUACAUGACAGUUUACGCAUGGUAUAGAAAUGCUUAG